CACCAAAAGUCGUUGGCCAUCGUGUACUCGGUCAGGGCGAGAUAGCUAUAACUCGCAAACACGGUCGCGACCAUGUAUCCAAAUCCGGCCAACGCGACGCCGUACCGACUCGCCCUGCCCAACAUGGACUUGUUUGUGGCGUGAAAGCUCGCGAGCUUGCGUUCGUCGUUGUCGGUCGGGUCGUCAAAGUGGUCGCUCUCGACCGGGUCCAGGUGGAACCAACGCCACAACUUGAUGUCAAACACCCAGUCUCGAAUCGGAAGCAUCCCUGCCAUGACGAGCGCCACAGCGUCGGGCUUUGCCCCCACCGACAAGAACGUGACCGCGGCCGCGGGAAUCACGACUUGAUUGCCCUCCAAGUGCAACGUCCUCUCGGCCGCCGUCCGAUCCGUCCUUGCGCGACACAUUGACCGCAGCUUCGACAGCGCCAACGUCACGAGUGGGGUGCCCGCGGCAAUCCCCACGAGUACAACCAAACGAGCCAUGCUCCCAAUUUCGACCAUGCCGCUCUCGCACACAAUUUGCAACCCGAGGCGACCGAUCGAGCACGUUGGUUGAAUCGCCGCGACCGCUUGGAGCGGGGACACGACGUCGAUGACAAACAGGACAACCCACGUUGCAAUCGAGCCCACGGCGACCAGCACGUCCCGAGGGCCGAUCACCGGAAGGAACACAUCUUGGACGACGUACGUUACCCACGCCGCUUCUCCCGCAAAGAGCCCCGAUGAAAAGAUAGAUCGGGGGUUCAUGUAUAGGCUGGACACACGACCCACAGCGACAAACUCCACCGGCGACGUGCUGAGCACGAUGAGCGCGGUCAUGCCACGAAGGAACAGCAUUGGCCGACCAACCCACACGGACCCGACGACGCGGUUGAAUUUGAGCAAAUUCGCCCCUCGAAAGUGACAGCGCGACCAGGCGGCGUACACCAUGACGAUCGUGCCAACCCCAAUCAAGUUGAAACUCACGUAGAUGGUGAGGAUCCGAAUGUAGUUGCAUGCGUUUUGAGGGAGUUCCCCGGGGUUGGCCACCAUCGAGAAGGGCGGAUUCGAUUGCGAGAUGAGCGUCAAGUUGCCUUGGUCGCCUUCAAAGUUGUACACUUCGCGGCCGUCCUGUAGCCAGUCGUAGAUCAUGACCAGGCCAAAAAACGUCCACGGGUCAGCGGACGGAUGCACAGGUACCAACGGCUGCAGCAGCAGCAGCUCGGAUCCGUUUUGCGACGCCAUCUGCAUAAACUGAAUGUUGAUGGCCGCGGCUGCGGCAAGCGAGCUUGCCUUUGCAGACGACAUGGAAGACGUCGCAAGCGCAUCCACCUCGCCAACGGACACUUGGCGCAACAUUUCCAGGCACUCGCCACUGGUCGUGGGGCACAAGUUACAAAUGGAUGCUGCCAUGUCCGUAGAGAGCGGGGGAAGCAACUGCAGAGCAAACAGCGUCGCUUCGAGCGUCACCUCGACCGUGUGACGAGCUUGGGCCGUGCAAUCAGCAUAGUACCCGAACGACUCUUGAAUGAACGGCUGGGGGCUCCCCAACGGACACACGGGGCUGCCGCCGUAAAACUCGCGACCUGCGGCGAUCCACGUCGCGGGAACGACAUCCAGCACGGCGGCGGGUGGAAUCGCUCUCGUUUUCAAAUGCUCGCCCAGUUUGGUUUGGAAGGGGCGCAAGACGGACGACAACGUGGGGGGCUUCGACACAAGCAUCAUAUCCAACGACAGGAACGGGCCAAUGUGCUGCCGAACGAGGCGAACCCCCGGCGUGGGGGGGAGGUCCAGCACGUCAACAUCCCAUUCAAUGCCCAUAUUGAAGACGCUGUCCGGGUCCGUCAAGAUGACGCUGGCUCCGAUCGACUGGCUAAUGUCCAUGACGUUCCAAAACCCACAGUACCCAAACAGCGUCGUCCACUUGCCGAGGCCGCGCCCAUACGUUGAGCUUUUCUUGAUGCGGACGGUCUGUUUGUACCCGAGAGCAUUCUGGAUCUGAAUCGAGUCGUCGAUGCCGUCGUGGUUCAGAUUCUGCAUGCCCGUUCGCCAGUACUCGAGGCCGUGGCGUCGCCAGUACGCAACCUCAUCGUCGAGAGCGACCCGUUUGUGGGCAAGUAUCGCGUCGACCCACUGCUUGCCGUCGUCGGUGCGCCCAAGUGUCUGCAACAUGGUCGCGUUGAGCAUCCCGCUGUACGACGACGUCAAAAUGUCGUUGGCAGGGCCAUUCCGCACCAACGGUUCGAAGUAGACGGCUGCGUUGGUCGUUUUCGACGCUUCGCACCGUGCUUGGCGCUUGGGCGUCAUGGACAGCGCAAACUUGCGGUCGAGAUCGACCCAGCAGUAGAACGACCCCAUCAAGAUGUUACUCGUGAUCGAGCCGAGGCGAAGGGACCGGACGGCGUGCUCCAACGGAAUGUUGUCCAACAAGAGGGUGCGCGCGUACGAGGCACUCCACUCGAUGCGACUGCCGCUCGCGUCCGCGUACGAUUUCGUCGAGUAGGCAGUCCCGUCGAAGAGCGGAAGCGGCCCGACGCGGCCUUGGCUCAACUGAGCAUUGUACAUGUCUCCUAGAAACGUUUGGAGCCCCGUCGUGUUAAAGUCAGACCACCAGUAAUCGUUGGAGACGCUCGGAUUCAGCUCGGUCAAGUACACGGCACUGAGGCAAAGGGAUCCGACGAGGUAGAGGAGCCCCCCGACGAGGCCGACGUGAGACUUGCCCGAGGUUGGGAUGCCUGUUUCGGAAGGGCGGCGGUGGCUGUCGUCGUCGUGGAAGGGCACGACUUCCGUCAUCGUGGAAUGUGUCCCCUUCCAGCAGCUACCUGAACGGCGUACUGGACGAUCGGCGGCGGCGGUGGCUUGUCGAUUGCGACUGCCAAAGACAAUCGACGAGUGGGGACGGUUGGUUUCACCUGGCGUAUAUUCUUGUCCCGUGCCAAG